AUGAUGAGGCUGUCUGGGUUAAAGAAUAGCAAUGACAUUUUGAGGGCUCUAAAGGAGUUUAAAAGGGAAAAUAAAGAGAUGUGCAAGGUGCAUGCUAUACUAGGCGAAUUGGAUAUUAAUGCCACUGAAUUUACCGAAUUUGCCACGCAAAGCUCUUUCCGUUGUUUAACAUGUUGUAAUAUUGUACUAUAUAGAAUGGCGCAGAAAGUUCUUAAUUUGAAAAAUUCUGCAGCUACGCCAAUUUUAAACUUGAUGCAAGAUAUCCCUUCCCAACAAGAUUUUGGAAUACGUAAUUUAGAUAAUUAUUCUAAUCUAGCUCGUCACCUAUCCCCAUUAGCACUAAAAUCAAUCUAUGAAGCCAAGAAUACAAUUCGCCUACUUGGGCCAGAGAAUGUGUACAUUAGUUUUAACGGUGGAAAGGAUUCCACAGUUGCCAUGCAACUGUACUUAUGUGCUUAUUAUGAGUACUUUAGUGAGAGAGGACAAGAUGAGUUCCCUAAUCCUAAGAUGAUCUUCUUCAAUGAAUCUGAUGGGUUCCAGGAACUCAAUGAUUUUGUCGACAAGAUAGCUAAAUGCUACUGUUUCGACCUCAAGACGGUCAAUUGUUGCUGGAAGGAAGGAAUAAAAGCCGAGUUUAAUACGAGGAAUAAUAUCGCUUUUAUUAUGGGAUCUAGGAAAACCGAUCCUGGAAAAUGUGGUUUGGAAUGUCUACAAUAUUCGGAUCUAGAGGAAUCGUCAUUUUUACUAGUUAACAUCUUGAGAGAAUGGUCAUAUGGCGCCAUUUGGUGCUUCAUAUUACACUUUAAAAUACCCUACUGCUCACUUUACGACCAAGGGUAUACUAGUAUUGGAGGUAAAAAUAGCACCCUUCCAAAUGAAGAAUUGAAGGAUGGGCCAAAUUACAAGCCUGCCUACUAUCUCGUCAACUGGGAUAGUGAGAGGGCUGGAAGGGGGAGGGCUAUUGCUAAAGAUGAACAAAUCGUUCAGAACGUAGUUAAUUCCCCAUUAAAUAGCACUAAUAACUAG